AUGUCAGGACGUCCUUUGAAGCCCGCCAAUCUGAACCCCAACAGGGGCAAGGGCGAGCCUUUCGUUCUCCCACCGGGUGUCACGCCUGCCAAAUUUGCGGAAUUCCUCCAGCGUUGUCGUGCUAUCUGCAGCCCUGACAAUGUCAUCGUCGUUGAAGCUGAAGACCAGUUGGUGGACGGCUCGUACAUGGAGCCCAACAAGACACAUGACAUGCACCAUAUUGUCGACAAGAAUUAUUUUGUUUGCUCGGCCACCAUAUCUCCUCGGGCAGUUCCCGAAGUCCAGGAUAUGAUGCGGCUCUGUAACGAGUUUGAUGUUCCGGUGUGGCCGGUCUCGAUCGGACGCAACACGGGCUACGGUGGCGCGGCGCCACGAGUUCCCGGUAGUAUCGUUCUCGAACUGGGCAAGCAUAUGAACCGUGUUUUGGACGUGAGCUCCGAAGAUGCCUAUGUUCUUGUCGAGCCUGGCGUCACGUUUCAGGGCUUGUAUGAAUAUCUGAAAAAGCACAACCUAAGCGACAAGCUUUGGCUAGAUGUUCCUGACUUGGGCGGAGGAUCCGUUCUCGGCAAUACCAUCGAAAGAGGGGUGGGAUACACACCGUACGGAGAUCACUGGAUGAUGCACUGCGGCAUGGAGGUUAUACUGCCGAAUGGUGAUCUCAUCCGGACCGGUAUGGGAGCCAUGCCCAACUCGCGGAACGAAGACACAAAGGGACUACGACCAGACGAACAGCAACCGAAUCGAGCAUGGCAAUUGUUCAACUACGGGUUUGGGCCUUACAAUGAUGGCAUAUUUUCCCAGAGCAGCCUGGGAAUAGUGGUCAAAAUGGGCAUCUGGCUGAUGCCCAAUCCUGGAGGCUACCAAGCCUACAUGAUCACAAUCCCAACGGAAAAGGACCUUAAGACUGCCGUCGAUAUCAUUCGUCCCCUGCGCACACAAAUGGUUAUCCAAAAUGUCCCAACAAUGCGGUCUGUCCUCAUGGAUGCCGCAGUUGCAAAUCCGAGGAAACACUACCUGAAGGAAGAGAGACCAUUUACAGAAGAAGAACUUGAUCAGAUCUGCAAGGAUCUGGAUCUUGGACGCUGGAACUUCUACGGUGCCCUGUACGGACCCGAACCUGUCCGAAACGUUCUCUGGGAUACAAUAAAACAGGCCUUUUCUACCAUCCCCGGGGCCAAAUUCUACUUCCCUGAGGACCGAAGGGAGCCAUUUUCCGUUUUGCACACGCGCGCAUUGACGCUGCAAGGUGUCCCGACGUUUGACGAGCUGAGGUGGGUUGAUUGGUUGCCGAAUGGCUCGCAUCUAUUUUUCUCUCCCAUUACCAAAGUCUCAGGGGAAGAUGCCCUGCUGCAGUGUGAAGUCACUCGGAAGCGAUGUGAAGAAGCCGGUGUCGACUUCAUCGGUGAUUUUGUAAUCGGAAUGCGUGAAAUGCACCACAUCGUCUGCAUAACAUUCGACAAGGAAAACGCAGAAUCCAAGAGGAAGGCCCUCUGGCUCAUUGAGACGCUGAUCAAGGAAUGCGCCGAGCACGGCUGGGGAGAAUACCGCACUCACCUAGCUGUCAUGGAUCAAGUCGCGGAGACGUAUGAUUUCAACAACAAUGCACAGAUGAAGCUCAACGAGCAGAUCAAAAACGCCCUUGAUCCAAACGGUAUUUUGGCUCCCGGCAAGAAUGGUAUUUGGCCAAAGAAGUACAACCGGGACGACUGGAGAAUUGCCAAGAGCAUAGAGCUG